UGUCACCGGAAAAUCUCUCUCUCUCUCUCUGGCCGCACAAAUCACUCUCUCUCUCUCUGGCCGCACAGAUCAAUAGAUGGGGGAUUAAAAAUCCCACCCCUCUCUCUGUAGCCGCACAAAUCAAUGGAUGGGGGGAUUAAAAAUCCCAUCCCUCUCCACCGAUAAUGAAGUCUAUUGAUCCUAUUCUCCACGGAUGAUAAGUCCGUUAAGCAUCGAUUUGGGCCAAUUUAUUUUUGAAUGACAUUUUCGUAAUUUCUUGGGGGACGAAAGGCCAUUUUCUUUGGAUAUUGAAGGCUACAGAUCACGGAUUUGGCCUGAGGCUAUUGUCCAAUGAUGAUUGAGUCCAUUAAGCACCGAUUUGGGAGGAUUUAUUCCGGGUCAAUUUUUGGCAGAUUCCAAAGGGGUACCAUCAUAGAUUUCUGGCGAUUUAUUCGAAAUGCCAUUUUCUUUCGAUUCUGGAGGCUACAGAUCAAGGAAUCAGAACGAGGCUAUUCUCCACCGAUAAUGAAGCCUAUUGAUCCUAUUCUCCACGGAUGAAAAGUCCGUUAAGCAUCGAUUUGGGCCAAUUUAUUUUCGAAUGGCAUUUUCGUAAUUUCUUGGGCGACGAAAGGCCAUUUUCUUUAGAUAUUGAAGGCUACAGAUCACGGAUUCGGCUUGAGGCUAUUCUCCAACGAUGAUUGAGUCCAUUAAGCACCGAUUUGGGCGGAUUUAUUCCGGGUCAAUUUUCGGCAAAUUCCAAAGGGGUACCAUCACAGAUUUCGGGAGAUUUAUCCGAAAUGCCAUUUUCUUUCGUUUUUGGAGGCUACAGAUAACGGAAUCAGGCAAAGGCUAUUCUCCAUCGAUAAUGAAGUCUAUUGAUCCUAUUCUCCACGGAUGAUAAGUCCAUUAAGCAUCGAUUUGGGCCGAUUUAUUUACGAAUACAUUUUCGUAAUUUCUUGGGCGACGAAAGGCCAUUUUCUUUGGAUAUUGAAGGCUACAGAUCACGGAGUCGGCCUGAGGCUAUUCUCCAACGAUGAUUGAGUCCAUUAAGCACCGAUUUGGGCGGAUUUAUUUUGGGUCAAUUUUUGGCAGAUUCCAAAGGGGUACCAUCACAAAUUUCGGGCGAUUUAUCCGAAAUGCCCUUUUCUUUCGAUUCUGGAGGCUACAGAUCACGGAAUCAGGCCGAGGCUAUUCUCCACCGAUAAUGAAGUCUAUUGAUCCUAUUCUCCACGGAUGAUAAGUCCGUUAAGCAUCGAUUUGGGCCAAUUUAUUUUUGAAUGACAUUUUCGUAAUUUCUUGGGCGACGAAAGGCCAUUUUCUUUGGAUAUUGAAGGCUACAGAUCACGUAUUCGGCCUGAGGCUAUUCUCCAACGAUGAUUGAGUCCAUUAAGCACCGAUUUGGGCGGAUUUAUUCCUGGUCAAUUUUUGGCAGAUUCCAAAGGGGUACCAUCACAUGUUUUGGGCGAUUUAUCCGAAAUGCCAUUUUCUUUCGAUUCUGGAUGCUACAGAUCAUGGAAUCAGGUCGAGGCUAUUCUCCACCGAUAAUGAAGUCGAUUGAUCCUAUUCUCCAAGGAUGAUAAGUCCGUUAAGCAUCGAUUUGGGCCAAUUUAUUUUCGAAUGGCAUUUUCGUAAUUUCUUGGGCAACGAAAGGCCAUUUUCUUAGGAUAUUGAAUGCUACAGAUCACGGAUUCGGCCUGAGGCUAUUCUCCAACGAUGAUUGAGUCCAUUAAGCACCAAUUUGGGCGGAUUUAUUCCGGGUCAAUUUUUGGCAGAUUCCAAAGGGGUACCAUCACAGAUUUCGGGCGAUUUAUCCGAAAUGCCAUUUUCUUUCUAUUAUGGAGGCUACAGAUCACGGAAGCAGGGCAAGGCUAUUCUCCACCGAUAAUGAAGUCUAUUGAUCCUAUUCUCCACGGAUGAUGAGUCCGUUAAGCAUCGAUUUGGGCCAAUUUAUUUUCGAAUGGCAUUUUCGUAAUUUCUUGGGCGACUAAAUGUCAUUUUCUUUGGAUAUUGAAGGCUACAGAUCACGGAUUCGGCCUGAGGCUAUUCUCCAACGAUGAUUGAUUCCAUUAAGCACCUAUUUGGGCGGAUUUAUUCCCGGUCAAUUUUUGGCAAAUUCCAAAGGGGUACCAUCACAUAUUUUGGGCGAUUUAUCCGAAAUGCCAUUUUCUUUCGAUUCUGGAUGCUACAGAUCACAGAAUCAGGUCGAGACUAUUCUCCUCCGAUAAUGAAGUCGAUUGAUCCUAUUCUCGAAUGAUGAUAAGUCCGUUAAGCAUCGAUUUGGGCCAAUUUAUUUUCGAAUGGCAUUUUUGUAAUUUCUUGGGCAACGAAAGGCCAUUUUCUUAGGAUAUUGAAUGCUACAGAUCACGGAUUCGGCCUGAGGCUAUUCUCCAACGAUGAUUGAGUCCAUUAAGCACCAAUUUGGGCGGAUUUAUUCCGGGUCAAUUUUUGGCAGAUUCCAAAGGGGUACCAUCAUAGAUUUCAGGCGAUUUAUCCGAAAAGCCAUUUUCUUUCGAUUAUGGAUGCUAGAGAUCACGGAAUCAGGCCGAGGCUAUUCUCCGCCGAUAAUGAAGUCGAUUGAUCCUAUUCUCCAACGAUGAUUGAGUCCAUUAAGCACCGAUUUGGGCGGAUUUAUUCCGGGUCAAUUUUUGGCAGAUUCCAAAGGGGUACCAUUACAGAUUUCGGGCGAUUUAUCCGAAAUGCCAAUUUCUUUCGAUUCUGGAGGCUAGGGGUAGCUAUACGGUCCGGUUAAAUUGGACCAAAUUGAUCCGUUCCCAGUCUGGUUUUUUCGGGAAUAUAAGGACCAAAGAUUGGAUUGGAUACAACCUAGUCUUGUUCUCGUCCUGUCUUGACCCGGUUCGGUCCCAAUUUUAUCUUGAUUUUAGGUGUUGGGGGUCUCGUAUCCGGUCUUUAUCCAGUUUUUUACCUCAAAUCUAAGCCCGAAUAUGAGAUUGCAUUCUUUGCAAUCCGGUCCCAGCCGGUCCCAAUCCGGGUUAUGCGGUCCGGUUUCGGGUAAAACCAAACAGUCCGGGACCAAAUAGCCAGCCCUACUGGAGGCUACAGAUCACGGAAUCAAGCCGAGGCUAUUCUCCAUCGAUAAUGAGGUCUAUUGAUCCUAUUCUCCACGGAUGAUAAGUCCGUUAAGCAUCGAUUUGGGACAAUUUAUUUUCGAAUGGCAUUUUUCGUAAUUUCUUGAGCGACGAAAGGCCAUUUUCUUUGGAUAUUGAAGGCUACAGAUCACGGAUUCGCCCUGAGGCUAUUCUCCAACGAUGAUUGAGUCCAUUAAGCACCGAUUUGGGCGGAUUUAUUCCGGGUCAAUUUUUGGUAGAUUCCAAAGGGGUACCAUCACAGAUUUCGGGGGAUUUAUCCGAAAUGCCAUUUUCUUUCGAUUCUGGAAGCUACAGAUCACGGAAUCAGGGCGAGGCUAUUCUCCACCGUUAAUGAAGUCUAUUGACCCUAUUCUCCACGGAUGAUAAGUCCGUUAAGCAUCGAUUUGGGCCAAUUUAUUUUCGAAUGACAUUUUCGUAAUUUUUUGGGCGACGAAAGGCCAUUUUCUUUGGAUAUUGAAGGUUACAGAUCACGGAUUCGGCCUGAGGCUAUUCUCCAACGAUGAUUGAGUCCAUUAAGCACCGAUUUGGGCGGAUUUAUUUCGGGUGAAUUUUUGGCAGAUUCCAAAAGGGUACCAUCAAAGAUUUCGGGCGAUUUAUCCGAAAUGCCAUUUUCUUUCGAUUCUGGAGGGUACAGAUCACGGAAUCAGGCCGAGGCUAUUCUCCACCGAUAAUGAAGUCUAUUGAUCCUA